GGGCCUGACUCGUCCGCGUCCCUGCUGUGUUGUCAUUCGGCGGCGGCUAGAGGACACGGUCAAGAUGGCGGUGGUGGCUGGGUUGACGCGGAGACCCCUUGAGCAGGUCUCCGGGCUGCUGAGGAGGCGCUUCCACCGGACCGCGCCGGCUGCACUGCAGGUGACAGUUCGUGAGGCUAUAAAUCAAGGUAUGGAUGAGGAGCUGGAAAGAGAUGAGAAAGUAUUUCUACUUGGGGAAGAAGUUGCCCAAUAUGAUGGGGCAUAUAAGGUUAGUCGAGGCCUGUGGAAGAAAUAUGGAGAUAAGAGGAUCAUAGACACUCCCAUAUCUGAGAUGGGUUUUGCUGGAAUUGCUGUAGGUGCAGCUAUGGCUGGGUUGCGGCCUAUUUGUGAAUUUAUGACCUUCAACUUCUCCAUGCAAGCCAUCGACCAGGUUAUAAACUCAGCUGCCAAGACCUACUACAUGUCAGGGGGCUUACAGCCUGUGCCCAUAGUCUUCAGGGGGCCCAAUGGCGCCUCAGCGGGCGUAGCUGCCCAACACUCACAGUGCUUUGCUGCCUGGUAUGGGCACUGCCCAGGCUUAAAGGUGGUCAGCCCCUGGAGUUCAGAGGAUGCAAAAGGACUUAUUAAAUCAGCCAUUCGGGAUAACAAUCCAGUGGUGGUGCUAGAGAAUGAAUUGAUGUAUGGAGUUCCUUUUGAACUUCCCCCAGAGGCUCAGUCAAAAGAUUUUCUGAUUCCUAUUGGAAAAGCUAAAAUAGAAAGGCAAGGGACACAUGUAACCAUAGUUUCCCAUUCAAGACCUGUGAGCCACUGCUUAGAAGCUGCGACGGUGCUAUCUAAAGAGGGAAUUGAAUGUGAGGGGACGCAGGUUCGAGCCCUGGUUCGGGAAGAUCCCACGUGCCGCAGAGAACUAAGCCCGUGCACCAGAACUACUGAGCCUGUGCUCUGGAGCCCGUGAGCCACAGCUACUGAGCCCGUGUGCCACAACUACUGAAGCCCGUGCACCUAGAGCCCGUGCUCCACAACAAGAGAAGCCACCACAGUGAGAAGCCUGCGCACCACAACGAAGUGUAGCCCCCACUUCUUGCAACUAGAGAAAGCCCACGCACAGCAAUAAAGACCCAACGCAGCCAAAAAUAAAUAAAUAAAAAUAAAUUUAUAAAAAAUAAAAAGAAUCAGAAAGGUCCCUUUGAGACCCAGAAAGAGGCGUUUGAGUUCUAUGACAGGUUAAUUAGGUAUAAAAUCUUGCUUUGACACUUAGUUCUGCCUCUGCUUAAAGCUGGGAACCUACUUGCUUUUCAAAUACCUAGCCUUCUACCACCUAGGGUCUGGAUCUUUUUAGUAUGUGUUUUGUCAAGUUAAGAUCCAACCUUGGAGCUGGAGUUUGGGAGAAGGGAAAACUUAGAAGUCAUCGAGUCUAACCCUUUCAUAACCAGGAGGUACCACUUCCUAGUUACACUUGCGCAUGUUACGUACUCUAAAUCUCUGUCAUCAGCUAUAAAAUGAGGAUAAUACAUUUACUGUCCCGUCAGGGUGGUUGUAGAAUUAUACUUAGUGUAGUGCCUGGUACAGGGUAGGCAGUCACAUGUUAGUUAUUAUCUUGAUGAGGAGGAAGUUAAGGCCAAGGGAGGAUAAGUGAGUUCUGUAAGUGAACAAAGCUGCUUGUAGUAGAGAUAAAGAUUUUUGUUUUAAUUACAGUUUCCCUUUUUUUUUUUUUUUUUUCCAGUUUCCCUUUUGACACUUGUUCAUGAAUGGGCAGAUUAUGUUUCCCUAGACCCAAAGAUUAACAGGAAACAAGAAAGGAAGUGGCAUUUUGGGGAUAAGACUAUAUUUGUGAGGAAGUGGCUCUGUAAAGCUAU